AUGACCCUGAAAAAUCUCUGCCAGGUCUCCAAAACACUACGAUUCGUUGCCGAACCCGUACUCUAUCAUUACUGGAAGGCUACCUUUGGUCCCAAAACGCCAAGUCCGAAGAUGUUCAUGUUGUCCGCGAUGCGCUUUCUAUCCAGGCUCCAUGCUCGCCCUCAUCUCCGGACAUACGUCAAAGCCUUGGAUAUCAGGGACUGUAUACGAGACAAGUAUUCCUACGAUUCGGACUUUUCAUUUGACGACAGCGAUUCCGAGUAUGAAUGCGAACCAAUACUCAAAGAGAGAGGCGUUUCAAGAAUUAAACGCAUUGCAGCCUCUGUUGGAAUUAAAUGUUCCCGCUCUGAUUUCAACAAGGAAAGAUUUGUUGAAAGUAUUGCCCAAAUCAUGCUCGUCAUGGUCCCCCGCCUAAAUGAACUCACUCUCAUUGCGGCGGAGAGCUGGGAAUUCCGCCUCUUAUCAUCCUAG